GUCUGGGACCAGACAACACUGUUUUUCAUUUCCUCCGGCCGUUAAGUCUCCGGGCACAUCGACAUUCGCUGCAUUAUCAGUUAAAAUCUUAUUCGGACUAAUUUGUAUCUAUAACAUGAAUCUCAAAUUAAAUACGAAUUUGUUUACGUCGCUAAUACGGCAAGUACCACGAAUGGUGUACUUAAAAAGGAAUCUAAGUACAAGUCUGAAUCGCUGUUCCACACCUCUAACCGAAUUUUCAGACGACGAACUAUUGAUGAAAGAAAGCGUUAAUAAACUCGCGAAGGAAGAAAUUGCACCACUCGUACGAAAAAUGGAAAAAGAAGGGAAAAUAGACCAAGGACUAGAGCGAAAGCUUUUUGAGAAUGGUCUAAUGGGUAUCGAGAUUCCUGAAAACUACGGCGGUUCUGGAUGCAAUUUCAUGACGACGAUCUUGGCCAUCGAGGAAAUCGCGAAAGUUGACGGCGCUGUCGCGGCACUGGUGGACAUCCACAAUACUUUAGUGAAUUCGUUAAUUUUAAAAGUCGCUUCGGAGGAACAGAAGGCUAAAUAUCUACCCCAAUUAGCACAAAAUUACGCGGGUAGCUUUUGCCUCACGGAGCCUGGCUCGGGGUCCGACGCCUUCUCCCUGAAAACUGAAGCAAAGAAAGAUGGAUCCGAUUACGUGGUGAACGGCACGAAAAUGUGGAUCUCGAAUUCCGACAUUGCCGGAUUAUUUUUAGUUUUUGCAAACGCUGACACUUCUGCUGGAUACCGUGGCAUUACGACAUUCUUCGUAGAACGAAGUACACCCGGAGUAACAGUCGCCAAGCCAGAAGAUAAACUGGGAAUAAAGGCGUCGGGUACCUGCAUGAUCCACUUCGAUAAUGUCAGAAUUCCUGAAAGUAAUAUCUUGGGACAGUUUGGUCAUGGAUACAAAUACGCUGCUGGAUUCUUAAACGAAGGUCGAAUCGGUAUUGGAGCACAAAUGAUUGGUAUAGCACAAGGUUGCUUGGAUGCCACUAUACCAUAUACGCUGGAAAGAAAACAAUUUGGAAAAGACAUUUUCUCAUUUCAAUCUAUGCAACAUCAAAUUGCCCAAGCGGUCACCGACCUUGAGUGUGCCAGGUUAUUGGUCUACAAUGCAGCCAGAUUAGUCGAUGCUAAGAAGGAUAUAAUGAAAGAGGCUGCCAUGGCCAAACUCGUAGCUUCCGAAACGGCGUUACGCGUUACCGCAAAAUGCAUCGACUUUAUGGGCGGAGUGGGAUAUACGACCGACUUCCCUCAAGAAAAAUAUUUCAGGGAUUCCAAAAUUGGUACUAUUUACGAAGGCACCAGUAAUAUGCAACUGUCGACUAUAGCCAAAUGUAUUCGCAAAGAAUACUCGUGAAAUCAUUACUGUUAACGGGAAAACUUUAUUUUGUAUUCCAUUUAAUACAUUAUAUAUUUUUCUAGUUUUUCAUAA